UAGGGACGACAGUUUGGUCUACAAACGCCAUUGCGAUGGAGAAGCGAUUUUGUCAAUGGUUAGUGGUGAUGGCGGUGUUGUGCAUUUGUGGAGAAUAUGCGGUACCGGGGGUAAAAUCUGCCAAAAUACUAAGUAUAUUCCCUACCACUUCGAAAUCGCACUGGAUACUAGGGUCAGCGUUAAUGAAAGAGCUAGCGCACGACGGUCAUGAGGUGACGGUUAUAAGUCCGUUUCCAUUGAAAAAUGCACCUAAAACGUAUCGACACGUCGAGAUCACCUAUAACUCUAGCCUAUUUGAUGAUAUUAUGGAUGAGGUAUUUGAACGUGUGGAUGAUAAUUUCUUUCAAAAGAUGAAAGAAAUCGUGUCGUUUAUCGAGGAAAUCGUUAACAGUACGCUAACAUCGCCCGCGGUGCAAAAGCUGCUGAACUCGGACGAAUCCUUCGAUCUGCUUGUGAUGGAGGUAUUCCUCGAUGAUGUGUUUCUGGGAUUUGCCGAUCGCUUCAACUGCCCCGUGGUCGGAAUGUCAACAUUUGGGGCAUCAACUUGGGUUAACGCGCUUACCGGUUCACCACAACCACUUUCCUACGUACCACAUCCAAUGACUGCCUUCACCGAUCGAAUGAACUUCUGGGAGCGACUCGGGAACGUGAUGUUUACGGCGUUCGACGAGAUAUUAAUGGCGUCCGCCGGUAUACCUGUGCAGCAGCGAUACUAUGACAAAUUCUUUCCCAAUGCAAACCGAUCGUUGUCGGAAAUGCGUCGCCAUGGUGUAUCGUUGAUUCUGGUCAACAGUCACUUCAGCUUGAGUUUUCCUCGUCCCUAUUUGCCCAAUUUGAUCGAGGUCGGAGGAUUCCACGUCAACAGGAAGGUUAACCCACUACCGGAAGACAUCCAAUCGUUCAUCGAACAAUCGGAACACGGCGUUAUCUAUUUUUCGUUGGGUUCCAACCUAAAACCUUCGAAAAUGGAUCUACAAAAGCGAAACGAUGUCAUCCGUGUGCUGUCAAGUUUGAAGCAGAACAUCAUCUGGAAGUGGGACGAUGAUGCGCUCGUGCUAGACCGUACUAAAUUCCUUCUAGGCAAAUGGUUCCCCCAGGAUGACAUCUUGGCCCACCCGAAUGUGAAACUAUUCAUUACCCACGGUGGUCUGCUGAGCUGCACGGAAUCAAUCUACCACGGUGUACCGAUCGUCGGGAUUCCUAUCUUUGGCGAUCAACUGCUCAACAUGGCCAGGGCCGAGGUGUCGGGUUGGGGUGUUGGUGUAGCUUACACGAAGUUAAAUGAAGCCACUUUCGCGAAAGCAGUAACGGAGGUGUUGAAUGAUGAAAACUAUGCCAAAAGGAUUGCAGUAAUCUCUCGACGAUUGCGUGAUCAACCGGUGGCUCCAAUGGAUUUAGCCAAGUUCUGGGUCGAGUAUGUAUUGCGGCAUGAUGGAGCGACUCAUCUGAUAUCGUCUGCGCAGGACCUUAGUUUUAUUGAAUACAACAAUCUCGAUGUGUACGGGUUUAUAUUGACAAUAGCAGGAUUGAUCGUACUGCUCAUCACUUUAGGAUGCAAGAAAGUCACUCAGCGUAUUCUGCCAAAGAAAUCGAACAAGUCUAAAAAGAACAAUUAAAAUGCACAUCUUCUUGAUGCAUUAGCUGUUUUAAACAACAUAACAUUCUAUCUAAUUUAAUUUAAUCAUUUAAUUCGAAUAAAUUUCAAUUGC